CCGUUACUGGGAGGGGGCGUGGCCAGUCCCCACCCCCGAUGACGUCACGGUUAAAAAUAGCCCCGGUCUGGGCCGCUCGGAGCCGGGGGGAGCCGCAGCUCCCAGUCAGGUGCGGCCGCGAUGGCGCCGAGCGCGGCGAGAACAGAGGCGGCGCCGAGGGAAUGGGAUCGGUUUGAGUACGAUUACGAGUCUCUGCGCCUCGGGGGUCUCAUCGUGGCCGGGAUCUUCUUCGUGCUCGGCGUCGUCCUCAUCCUCAGCCGCCACUGCCGCUGCAAGUUCGACCAACAGCCCAAGACGGGGGAGCCGGACGAGGCCGAGGGGCCCCUGCGCCAAUCCAUGCGGCGUCUCUCCACCCGCCUGAGAUGAAUUUCGGGAAUUCCCGGGAUCCCAAAAUCGCCCGAAAUUCCCCCAAAUCCUCCCCGCCCCUCCCCCAAUAAACACAGAACCGGUUCA